CAACUGCUGCGUGAGGAGGGAGGAACUCCGCAUUCUUAUAAAAAGCCAGUAUAUGGGCUGGUAGUAUUUAGUCGACGGAGCAGACAGACCUGGACUGUACUGCGGACCCAGAAUGGCACAGAACGGAACAACAGAGAACGGAGUGGCUGAAGGGAUCUCAGCUUUGCCUUUUCCUCAGCCUGUCAAAGUCCAGGAGAUCAGACACACCAAGAUUUUUAUCAACAAUGAAUGGCACACAUCCAGCAGUGGAAAGACAUUUCCAACUUUCAACCCAGCGACAGGUGUCAAAAUCUGUGAUGUGGAAGAAGCAGACAAAGAAGAUGUGGACAGGGCAGUGGGGGCAGCCAAGGCGGCCGGGCAGAGAGGCUCUCCGUGGCGGAGAAUGGACACGUCCAGCCGCGGAAUGCUGCUGCACAAACUGGCCGACCUGAUGGAGAGGGACCGGCUCCUGCUGGCGACCCUGGAGACUCUGGACACAGGGAAGCCUUUCCUGCAGUCCUUCUUCAUUGACCUGGACGGCAGUAUCAAAACCCUUCGUUACUAUGCAGGCUGGGCAGACAAGAUCCAUGGCAAGAGUCUGCCUGUAGAUGAAAGCUUCAUGUGUUUAACCAAACAUGAGCCUGUUGGCGUAUGUGGAGCUAUCAUUCCAUGGAACUUUCCUCUGCUGAUGUUCAUGUGGAAGAUGGCGCCGGCCCUGAGCUGUGGAAACACUGUGGUUAUCAAGCCAGCAGAGCAGACCCCCCUCACAGCCCUCCACAUUGGAUCGCUCAUCAAAGAGGCGGGGUUCCCUCCUGGAGUUGUGAAUAUCGUUCCAGGGUUUGGUCCCACAGCAGGAGCAGCCAUCGCCAGCCACAUGGACAUCAACAAAGUGGCCUUCACUGGCUCUACAGAGGUCGGCCAACUGAUCAAAGAAGCGUCAGCCAAAAGUAAUCUCAAGAGAGUGACUCUGGAGCUGGGAGGGAAGAACCCCUGCAUUGUGUUUGCUGACUGUGACUUGCAGCUGGCUGUGGAGGAAACUCAGAAAGGAGCUUUAUAUAACCAGGGUCAGUGCUGCACUGCUGCAUCACGUGUCUUUGUGGAGGAAAGUAUAUAUGAGGAGUUUGUGCGCCGCAGCAUAGAAAACGUCAAGAAGAUUGUCAUAGGAGACCCGCUGGACCCCCAGACAUCACACGGGCCACAGAUUGACCGACAGCACUUUGACAAGAUAAUGGACCUGAUAAAGAGUGGGAAGGAGGAGGGAGCCAGGCUGGAGUAUGGAGGAGCAGCUUUGGGCGAGAAGGGCCUCUUCAUUAAACCCACCAUCUUCUCUGGGGUCAAAGACCACAUGCGCAUCGCCAAGGAAGAGAUCUUUGGUCCAGUGCAGUGUAUAUUCAGCUUUAAAAGCCCGCAGGAGGCCAUAGAGAGAGCAAACAGCUCACAAUAUGGCCUGGUGUCAGCUGUCUUCACAACAAGUAUGGACAGAGCUCUGUCUGUGUCUGCAGCCCUGGAGACUGGCACUGUCUGGAUAAACUGCUAUAACGCCCUUCAUGCCCAGACUCCCUUUGGAGGGUAUAAGAUGUCAGGCAACGGACGAGAGCUCGGAGAGUAUGCUCUGGCUGAGUACUCGGAGGUAAAAGCAGUGACCAUCAAACUGAGUGAAACUCUGUGAGAAGAACUGGCUAAGAUGUCCAGCCACUGCUCAUUACAUCACAACUUUCUCCAACGCACACACUCCCUUAUUUGUCUUUAGUCAUGCUAUUGAUGUUAGGGUUAGGCCAAUAUGUCAGUUUGUUUAUACGGUAUAUCAGAGCCCAGCAAGAGUCAGCGUUUUUGUUCACCUUUUCUAUGAUACGCUGUAGGUGACGCUAGGCUUCAGUGAUGACAGUACACAAAACUGUGCUUUAUUUACAGGUUUUAUUUUUCUAAUAAUUUUCCAAUAAUUUAUUCAGAAGUUCCCCCGGACAUAAGUAUGUGAUUUGGUACUACAGUAAUAUUGGGAAAAUAGAGACAGUGCUCAGUUGGUACAUUUACACAAAUAACUGACUUAACCCAGAGCAUAGCAGUUCAGCUGAACAUGCACAACUAUAAAAUGUAUCUACACUCAAUAAUGAAUAAAGUUUUCAAUAAUAAAUGAAA